AUGGAACGCAGAAUAUUAUAUAUCCUUAAUGUGCUCUUACUGCCAACGAUUAUUUUGACUCUGGAAUCUGAGUCAAAUACCACCUUCUCAAAUAUAAAUUUACAUCACUGGAAGCAGCAUCGUCGUGAAAAGCGGUAUUUAAUAUUCGAACAUUCGGGAGUUUUUAAGCUCAAUAUCGGCGUGGCAUUUCCCAUUGAUUUGGAGGAUAAACGCAGUUGGCGUACCCUAGCGAUGGCGGUUAAUUUUCAAUUUCAAUAUAAUCUACCGCCAAAGCCUAUAUAUUGGUGGGAUAAAUGGGAUACACGAAGUUUGAAUUCGUUGGGGUCUUUUAUAGAAUCGGAAAAGGAAAAUGAUCAAACAGAUGAGCCACAGUUGUUUCUUUAUCAAUGGUUUGAAAAUCAAAUGAAUCGACGGAGGACAAAUGGUCGAGAAUGUCUGCUAAAGGCCAUUUGUGAAAAUGCACAAAUCGAUGUGCAUCAGGGGCUGUAUGCGGAGAUAUUGUAUCGGUUUUUGAGGCCUCAUCGAAACAUGGAUUCAGAUUAUGUUAAUGCCUGGCACAUGGGUCUUAAAGGCAUUGAUUGUCAGUCAAAUUAUCCAAAAGCUGUUAAUUGUCUGCUGGAUAAAUAUACCCAUGUACGGGAAGAGUUUAUGGGCUACACUAGAGUUAAAACGUAG